GCUCGAGGCCGCAGUAAUGAUUCAAACAAACAAUAUGAAACCUAUCUUAAACCUACUCCGGUAUAAGAGGUAUGAGACCAUUCUCCCGGGAUCGGUCCGAACUCUCUCCGGGUUCCAUGGGUUCCGGAACCCUGGAGCUAGACUAGGAGAUAGUUCUGUAUUUCUCCAAUCUGGAACCAAGAUUAGUGAACUCCCCCUGGUGGUGAGGAAGGUUAACAACAUUUUCGAAUUAUACAAAAGGAUGGGUAUUGAGCAUACAGCUACAGAACUCAAACCAACGGAGGAACAGAAUGAGAAAUUCGUUCUCACCUUCCCUCCGGAGAUGAAAGAGGAGGAACGGGAGAUUAUCGAUGGGUUUAAUCGUUGUUACAACUCCUCCAGUAUAUUCCGUCUUCUGGAGACUAUACCUAGAGAAGAGGUUACUCCUCUAGUAGCAGUUCAUGCUCUCAGGAGAAUAAUUGAUCUUGAAAACAGUUUUGAGUAUCGGAACCCUGGAGCAACGAGAGAAACUAUCCGAGGAACAAGACGGAACCAGGAUACAUUUCUCAGAAUGGCGUUCAUGACAAUGCUGUUGGAGAUAGUUUGUAACUCCAGGCAACCAAAAGUGAUCCUUGAUGGACUUAACACUGUGAUGAGAGAUCAGUUCCCAGCUUCCCUAGCAACCUAUAAGGAGAGGUUGCUAGAGGAGCUGAUGUUCUGUGUAACCGAGGGUGUAUUCUCUCUCCUCGAGGUUUGCCGAGCCAUCAACAUCCUCUCCAUGUUCUACGAGGACAGGAAGAAGUGUCUGGAAACCGCAGAUAAACUCUGGUUUGGUAUAGUUGAUCAGUACAAACAGAUAAACAGUCCGGAGAGUAUAGUUGCUGUAUUUACCGCUCUACCCAGUCUUAACAAAAGCAGGAAUCUAGUUAUGAAGAUACUUGAGAAGAGAGCUCUAGAGAACUGGGAUAGAUACGAUACUGGAGAUAUUAUUGAAAUCCUACGAGUUCUUGUGGAAAUCAAGUAUGAUAGGAUAAGCCCGUCUUUCCUUGGAAUGGUAUCGGAGUGGUUAGCUCUUAAUAUACAUAAGGUUAAGGAGGCGGAGAUGAUGACAAUAGUUUACAGUUUACUCCAGCUUAACUAUGUGGACAACAAGCUCAUCAACAGUCUAGAGAAGGUUAUCAAGCAUAGAGGUUGUCAGAUAGCCGAGAUUGAUCUUGUAACAACGAUUUGCGACUACUGUCAUCAUUUCAGAAUUCGUUCCCCUGUGGUUCUUGAAGGAGCAAGUGAAUAUCUAGUUUAUCAUGUAGCAAAGCUUUCAAUACCACAAAUAUAUUCUAUAGCAAGAAUAUUUGGAUACCUGGAUUUCCAUCCUACAACAGGGUUCAAGUUCUGGAGGGAGCUGGAAUCUAUUCUGGAGCAGAAGUUUAUUCAGUUCAAACCAAGAGAGAUUAUAGAACUUCUCGUGUCCUUCCUGUAUAUAGAGAAGUUUCCGUUAAACUUCACUGGUAAACUGUUCACACCAUACUUUCUUGAUCGUCUUCAUUCUCAGCCUGGGCAGGACGUUUUCUUCUCCAGGAUAGAACUUAAACUCUUUGAUGCAGGAAUGAAGCUCGAGUGUAAAGGGUAUGGUGGUCCAUAUCUUCCCAAAGAUACGAGCUAUAGACCUGUAGAGAUUGAUUCUAGAAUCAGACGGAUGUCAAACUUGCUUUUUGAUCCUCUGGGAGAGAUACUCGGAGAUUACAGUAGGAUUGGAACUCAGGUGCUUCUCUCCGCUCUUCCUCUUCAUCCUUCAUAUAUUGUUGAUCUUAUGAUUUAUCCAACCAGGGCAGAAGCUUUACUCAGGUUUGGGUUUAAGACUGAGAAUAGUUCUAAUAUUGCUGUCCUAGUUCAUCUACCCGAGCAUUAUGACAGGCGUGGAGUCCACCUCCUCGGUUCUCAAGCAAUGAGGAUCCGUCAUCUUAAAACUAUGGGAUUCAGGGUUAUGACCGUAGAUUACUUGAAGCUAAGCCAACUUCUCCAUAAACCAUCACAACUCAAGGAUUAUCUCCGUGUUCAGUACUCUGAGGUUCGGAAGAACACAGAAACUAAAUAAAUAAAUGAAAAUGAAUUCUACCCUUGUUCUCCUCUCCAUAGUAACCAGUUUAUUUUCUUGGUUAUACAUGCAUUCAGUUAAUAAUUAGUGUUAAUAUUUAUUCCCGUAGUCUAAACUGAUAAAUAUACAUUCAGACAUGGAA